AUGUCGCUGUCAAAAGUAAACACGAUUGACUCGUAUUUUCAGCCGAAAAAAAUCGACCCGAAAGUAAUUGUUAAGUUUAUAAUCAAUGAAAUAAUUAGCGCUGCCACGUAUGAGCAACAGAAACAUGUGUCAGCCUCAGAUAAAACGUACGCCGUUUGGAAAGACCUGUUCCCGUGGAUUGUCAUAAAUUCAGAAGACCCGUCACAGGUUAAGCUUAAAUGUUCAUUAUGUAUAAAAUUUCAAAUGAAAAAUGCAUUUACUACAACUGGUUCUAGCAAUAUUCAAAAAUCAACCGUUGAGCGACACUGCGAAUCUGCGGACCACCAGACUGCUACUAAAAUGUCAUUGAAAUUAGAAAGUUCUAAAAAAGAUCCUACGCUAUUAGAUCAAGAUUCAGAAGAGAUAAAAAACUGUAAAUUGUUGGAUUCAGACAUUUUUUUGAUAAGAUCGGUUUACUCUCUCAUGAAAAAUGAAUUACCAUUUGAAAAACUUGAUGCAAUUUUGGAACUUCAACGGUUAAAUUCAUUAAAUAUGCCAUACAGAAAUUUAAGCUGGACUACUAUUACAGAAAUUCAAAAUGUAAUUGCUGCUGGUUUAAAGAAAAAACUUGUUGAUAAGAUCAAUCAGUCUGAUUAUUUUGCAAUCUUAAUAGAUGAAAGUACUGAUAUCACUGUUUCCAAGAGACUUUCAAUUUGUGUGAGAUAUGUAGUCCAUGGUAGUGCAUAUACAUCUUUUCUUGGUAACUGCGAAUUACCAGAUGGUAAAGCUCAUACUAUAACUUUAGCUUUAAGUAAUUAUUUAAAGGAAUGUGAUGUUAACUUUUCAAAAUGUGUUUCACUUGCAACAGAUGGUGCAAGUGUCAUGAUGGGUAAAAAAACUGGUGUUGGGGUACAGGUUCAAGCUAAAUUUGCCCCAUUUGUAAUACAAACUCAUUGUAUAGCACACAGAUUAAAUUUGGCAGUAACUGACUCUAUUAAACAAAUUGAACCACUAAAGAAACUGAAAGAAAAAUUUGCAAACCUUUACCAUUUCAUAUCUGCAUCAGGAAAUAGGACAUUUGCCUUAAAACAAAUGCAGGGGUUGUUAGACGAGCCUAAGCUGUCUGUUAAAGAACCAUAUUCCAUUCGUUGGCUGGGUCUUAAAAAUGCUGUUGAAGCCGUCUAUGAAUCAUAUGGAGCCAUACUUGCAACAUUGUCUAGCAUGGCCGAUGAAAAUUCUACAGCUAAAGGUUUAUACAAGUACUUUGCUUCAUAUAAAACGGCAUUACUUUUAGCUUUCAUGUUGGACGUUCAUACCAUCCUGGGUGUCCUAUGUUGUGAACUGCAGGCAAAGAACCUUAUUUUUAGUGAUGUUCCUCCCCUAAUAGACAGUACUGUGGAGAAGAUUGAGUCAAUGAAAUCAGAAGAGGGUGAUGGAUUAGUAGAGAUGAAAAACAGCAUUGUUGUGAAAGAUGAAAAGGCCUUUUAUAAAGGAGAUGAGCUUAAAUAUUAUAGCAAAGAUAUAGAAUCACAUAAAAGUGCUCUAGAAUGUUUGGGAAAUCAGUUUGGAGUUGAAAAAACAGUGUAA